AUGACUGAUUCGGCGGGAAAUUCUUGGACGCCCUACACCCCUAGCAACAGCCCGUACGAGUUCACGGACUUCAAGAAGUGGCAGCCUCUGGUGGAGUCGGAUGGCCUCGGGUACGUUUCAAGUCAAGAGCACGUGACGCCGCACAUCGGGAGCACAGGCCGCUACUUCGGAUUCUCUUCCAAGGAAGACGAGGAAGACUUUAGCUCGCGCACGAUAGAUGCGCCAGACUACCUCAACAGAUGAUGGUAUCACUUGUAUUUAGGACAGCAGACACGAUCAGGACGCGGCGGGAGAGAGAGAGUGCCACGACACAGCAAGCACUCCCGCAGGGUCGAGCCCCGUGGAUCAACCAUGAAACCAACCCAGGGGACUAUCAAUUCCUAUCUGCGUAGCCAAUUCCUACAGUCCCGUUGGAAUAUUCUCAUCCGCUCAUGCACACACGGACACCCUCCCUGGUUCUUUACGCUAGUAACUAACCACUAGUGGGCAUGCACACGCCGGAUGUGACGAAAACCCAAACGGGCAAAAAAAAACGCGAAAAAAUAACAGGGGGAAACCCGGCCUCCGGGUCAAAACCCCCACCAAUAUUCACCGUUCCACCAGAUACUGUCACUGUUGCGCUACCAGAGCAAGAUCAACACAUGCAUAAUACCAGUCGCGCCAGGAUCCACGCUCGGAAUCUAUAUCUACAAACGUGGGCGGCGUGCUAUCAUAUUCUUCCUGCAUGACGUACCAAGAUCAUAACCCUGUUUCCAACAACGGCCUAUCUCAAUUCUUGGUGAGCAAUAGCGUAAGACUAUCCUGAGGAGUUGGUUCAAACAACUACCAUGCGGCUGCACUACUAUCUGUUCUUCAAACAAACAUCAGACAAACAUCGAAAUCGCCCCCCCCCCCCCUCGCUGACGUAACACAGCGCACCGGGGCAUAAGGCAAUCAUCCAACAUUUUUUGAGCGACACACAACCGGCAUGCAUUUUUCGACAAUCCUCUGUUCUCGUCGACGUACAACACUGAUGUCCCAAUUUUUCCUCAUACGUUCCUUCAGCGGUUCCAACAGUAUCCCAGAUUCCUGCACAUUUUCGCAACCUAGAGAACGGCCCCACUUGGCGGCAAUCAAGAAGUUUCAACCAAAUGACUACCAGGAAAAUACUGAACAUGUGGACGCGAACGCCUCCGACAAACACGGAACACCCUCCCUGGCUCUUCAACCAAAGUGCACUCAUGACAACUAACGAGGAUCACCAACUUCGCUACGAAUACCAUCAAACACCAAAUACCGUCAAGAAAGAAGCGCCAAUCCAGCACUGUGAUGCGUGUUGCUCCCCUCCCAGCGCUCGUCCCGGCCUGUAGCCUCGCCAGAAAAGGAGUUCCCGUUUUAGCAUCACGAGGCAAGUACCCUCCCCCCCACGCCCCUUCCGACGUGCCGCGGGGUUCCCCCUCACGCCCUUUCCGGCGCGCCACGGGGCUGCUUCGGUUUUCUCCCCCCCUCACGCCCCGUCCGACGCGCCAUGGGGCC